UUCGCCCAUUGAUUUAGUAUUUUUUUGGACUUUGUUGUUAACGGUUUGCUUUCUCGCACGCUCGACGUUCGAUCGCGUUCGCCCAAAUACAAGAUAGAAAACACACUUCAAAACAUAAUACCUGCCUACGGUUUCCCCAAAACACCAAAUGUUUUAAAACAAAAUACCAAGAUGGUGCAACCAAAUAAAUUUGAAGUUCAAAUUUCCUAUGUACUUCUAUCUAUGAAAAAUUAUUAAAUAAGUAACUAAUAAUACCAGCUCUCCCCAUCACCAACAAAAACAAAAAGUGCAAUUCAUCGGCAGAUAUAAAAUAACGUGCAAAUGCAUUGUAUCUGAAGCUAAUAGAAUAGGAAAAUACAUAUAUAUUGAAGAGGGGGAGAAUAGUUCUUUAAAUAACGCAAAAAAAGAGCAUAUAUUCAUAUUUGUAUAGAUAUUAUAUAGCUUCUGCAUAGUGCAAAACGCGGAUGAACGAAUUCGACGAGACCGAAAUGUAAACAGGAGAGAUUCCCUAACAAUCCAACGGUGAAAGCAAGAACAAACAAAAGCAGAACUCGAAACCAAACAUCAACAAUCGGCGCAUAGACAUUUAGACAUUAGUCUAGUCGUCGUCUGUGGAGUGUAGUACACAUUGUCCGCAUCCCAAUAUUAUUCGAAAAAUAGUGCGCGAGUGAGAAUAAUAGUGAAAAGAUAUUUACCAAAAUCAAAAAAUAGUGCUUUGCCAACAGGAAUAUCUUCCAUUGAAGAACACAGUGACUCCAUGGAUACUUGUGGAUUAGUAGCAGAACUAGCGCACUAUUUUGAUGCAUAUGCACUGACUAUUCCGAGUCCUAAAUGAUCAGGAAUUCGUUCGAAAAUGUAUUUUGAACGCAAGCAAGUGCGCAAAAAAUACUAGAUCAGCCACAAACUUCAGAAAACACCGCCAGAAGUAAGGAAACUCUCGGGCCACAGUACCGAGGCUAGCACAGCACAGACGAUCUUAGCUGGAGAAAGCCAGUCUCCACAUACCGACAAACUGCCAGGGACAAGCUCCUUGUCCCCAGCCGAGGCGUACUGAUCAGAGAAACGGCCCCAAAACGGCGACCAUCGGCUACCAGAGGAUGAAGCGGCGCUGGUCAAACAACGGCGGCUUCAUGCGCCUCCCGGAGGAGUCCUCCUCCGAGGUCACAUCCUCCUCGAACGGGCUCGUCCUGCCCUCGGGGGUGAACAUGUCGCCCUCGUCGCUGGACUCACACGACUACUGCGACCAGGAGCUCUGGCCCUGCGGCAACGAGACCGGCCUGUACGGCAGCUCCAGCGGCAACGGCCUGAAUCAGCAGCAGCAGCAAAGCGUCAUCACGCUGGCCAUGCAAGGCUGCUCCAGCACCCUUCCCGCCCAGACGACUAUCAUCCCAAUUAAUGGAAGCGGGAAUGGAAACUCCACCAACGGCCACUAUGUGCCGGGUGCCACCAACCUGGGUGCGUUGGCCAAUGGCCACGGGAUGCUCAAUGGGGGGCUCAACGGAAUGCAGCAGCAGAUGCAGAACGGCCAUGGGCUCAUCAACUCCACAACCUCCUCGACGCCCACCACCCCGCUCCACCUGCAACAGAACCUGGGUGGCGGAGGCGGUAUCGGGGGCAUGGGUCUUCUCCACCACACGAAUGGGAACUCCAAUGGCCUCAUCGGCGUCGCGGGAGGCGGCGGAGGAGCCGGAGUGGGCGGAGUGGCAGGCCUGGGAAUGCAGCACACGCCGCGAAGCGAGUCAGCGAAUUCCAUUUCAUCAGGUCGCGAUGAUCUGUCGCCCUCGAGCAGCCUGAAUGGGUAUUCGGCGAACGAAAGCUGCGAUGCAAAGAAGAGCAAGAAAGGUCCUGCGCCGCGGGUGCAGGAGGAACUGUGCCUGGUGUGCGGCGACCGGGCCUCCGGUUACCACUACAACGCCCUCACCUGCGAGGGCUGCAAGGGCUUCUUUCGGCGCAGCGUGACGAAGAGCGCCGUGUACUGCUGCAAGUUCGGGCGCGCCUGCGAAAUGGACAUGUACAUGAGGCGCAAGUGCCAGGAGUGCCGCCUUAAAAAGUGCUUGGCCGUGGGAAUGCGGCCGGAGUGCGUCGUUCCGGAGAACCAGUGCGCGAUGAAGCGGCGCGAAAAGAAGGCCCAGAAAGAGAAGGACAAGAUGUCGCCCAGCUCCCAGCACGGCGGCAACGGCGGCAGCGUGGGCUCUUGCAAUGCCCACGACUUCGUUAAGAAGGAGAUUCUCGACCUCAUGACAUGCGAGGCGCCACAGCACGCCACUAUUCCGCUACUACCUGAUGAAAUUUUGGCCAAGUGUCAAGCGCGCAAUAUACCUUCAUUAACGUACAAUCAGUUGGCCGUCAUUUAUAAAUUAAUUUGGUACCAGGAUGGCUACGAACAGCCAUCCGAGGAGGAUCUCAGACGUAUAAUGAGUCAACCCGAUGAGAACGAAAGCCAGACGGACGUCAGCUUUCGGCACAUCACAGAGAUAACCAUACUCACAGUCCAGCUAAUUGUUGAGUUUGCUAAAGGUCUACCAGCGUUUACAAAGAUACCCCAGGAGGACCAGAUCACGCUGCUAAAGGCAUGCUCGUCGGAGGUGAUGAUGCUGCGUAUGGCCCGCCGCUACGACCACAGCUCGGACUCCAUAUUCUUCGCUAAUAACAGAUCCUAUACGCGGGACUCGUACAAAAUGGCCGGAAUGGCUGACAAUAUUGAAGACCUGCUGCAUUUCUGCCGCCAAAUGUUUUCGAUGAAGGUGGACAAUGUCGAAUACGCGCUACUCACUGCCAUUGUGAUCUUCUCCGACCGGCCGGGCCUUGAGAAGGCCCAACUAGUCGAAGCCAUCCAGAGCUACUACAUCGACACGCUACGCAUUUAUAUACUCAAUCGCCACUGCGGCGACCGCAUGAGCCUCGUUUUCUACGCUAAGCUGCUCUCAAUUCUCACCGAGCUUCGCACCCUGGGCAACCAGAACGCCGAGAUGUGCUUUUCGCUUAAGCUUAAAAACCGCAAGCUGCCCAAGUUCCUCGAGGAGAUCUGGGACGUACACGCCAUCCCACCCUCGGUUCAAUCGCACCUCCAGGUUACCCAGGAGGAGAACGAGCGACUCGAGCGGGCGGAGCGAAUGCGCGCCUCGGUUGGUGGGGCCAUAACCGCCAGCAUCGAUUCCGAGUCCGCGUCCACUUCGGCGGCGGCAGCCGCGGCACUCCAUCAACCCCAGCCUCCGCCCCAACCCCAAAAUGAAACCCAGCAUCAUUCGCAGGCGCAUCAGCAACCGCAGCAGCAAUCGCAACUGCAAGCUCAAAUUGAACCCCAACUGCAAGCCCAGCUCCAACCCCAGCUCCAACCCCAGCUCCAACCCCAGCUUCAACCCCAGCUCCAACCCCAACUCCAGACGCAGCUCCAGCCGCAGCCACAGCUUCUUCCCGUUUCCGGACCCGCCACUGUUCCCGGCCCUAGUUCCGUUUUGGCGGUCAGUACGAGCAGCGAUUUUAUUGGCGGAAGUGGGUCCAUGCGAUCCAUCACGGCGGCGACCACCUCCUCGAACAGUAUCGCUGCUGUAGUUCCAGCGACCUCCUCCACACCUGCUGUGGCAGUGGGCAACGGAGUUAGAGCCGCUGUCGAAACGGGCGGCAACGUCAGCAUGUAUGCAAACGCCCAGACGGCGAUGGCCCUUAUGGGUGUGGCCCUGCACUCGCACCAGGAGCAACUGAUCGGUGGAGUUUCAGUCAAGUCGGAGCACUCGACGACAGCAUAGCAGUCACAGUCACAGCGUCACCAACAGACCAUCGGAGUCCUGCUUGAUUGAGAGCCCAUAGCGACCUAGGAGCAGGUUCAGGGGAGUUCCAUCCCGGAAUAUUCAAGGCGGAGUUAGUAGAAAAAGAAGUGAAUAAUUAAUGGGCAAGCGUAAAAUGCAGUUAUUUAGUCUUAAGCCUGCAAAUAUUAGAGUUUAUCCCUUAUUCUUAAGAUUUAACAGGUAACACAACCUAUUAACACAUAAAAAGCUUACUUAAAAAGCUUUAACCAUAAAUGGACAAAAGCGUUGAGAAACGGAGAGAAAAACUUGAAAGAAAACCAUUAUAAAACUUGGAGUUUACUAUCCAUUCUUUAGUGGGCGAAUGUUCUAUUCCUCACGAUCAAUUCUCGAAUUUUGUUAUUCAAUUUGAUGCUCCAAAAUGCAUACGAAACAGAUCAGAAAAAAGAACAGAGAGUAGGGCGAGACCAGAGAGAAGAGAAUAAAGAUUGUUUAUAUUUUAAAAAUAUAUAAAAUCAUAAGUACUAACUCUAAACUUAAUGAAAGCAACUGUAUAAUAUCUAAAUAUAACUCUUAAUUCUUAUGUAAGAGACGUGAGGAAAUCUGUUAAAGGAAAUAAUAGUUAUGAUAAAAACAUUAACAUCCACCAUAACUAAAUACACUUAAAUUAAUUCAAACAAACCACUCUAAAAAAACCAUGCAAAACUCGGACUGAUUUUAUACAUUUUUUUUAUUCAAAACAAAAGGCAAACUGCAAAAAAAAAUGUUACAAAAAAGUGCAACUAAACAAAAAACAUAAUUAUUACGCCCUCCCUAUACUUUAAAAUUAAAAUUUAAAUUCUAGUAUUCUAAUGAUUUUCACCGAAAAACAUUGAAUACCAAAAAAAAAAACUUUUAAUAUUGGCACCGUUUUAGACAUUUUUUUAACAACAAUUUUAUAUCAACUUUAACAAGAGAUAAUGAAUAUGAAGUGAUUGGAGGAGUCUUACUCACAAACGAAAAGGCAUCAAAAGGUAUUAAGUCUAAAUUGAUUGAAACUUACGAUUGAUUUCAAGUUCAGUAAACACUUUUUGGUGUAAAAUAGUUUUCAAUCACUUUAAUAAAAAACUACACAUAUUAACACACACACACCAAAAGACUUUAAUAUAUAUUUAUAAAAUGUACAUUGGUAAUUCUUGAUUUGUAUCAGUGAAAAAUGUAACAAAUUUUGGCAGAAUCAAAAUUUAUUUAAUGAAAACCACAUCAAAAGAACGUGCAAAUUAUUUACUUCGGCAAUGCUUAUGUUAAACAAAAUUUAAUGCAAAUUCAUAAACUAAUUUUUUAGGUUUUUUUAGUUUUUUGCUCUGAGAUGUACAUUUUAAAAACAUUGUUUAAAAUUGUUGGCUUUAUUUUAACUUAAAUCAAAUUUAUUCUUAUUUAAAUAGAUAUUUGUGUUGGAAGAUGAAAAAAACUGUAAAAAAGUAAAUUAAAUAAAACGUAUACGUAAA